ACUGGACGGAGCUUCCGGGUAGAGCGGCGUCCUACGAGACCGGUGAGUCCGCGGGUAGAGCUUCUCGCGGAGCGAAGGAUACUGAAUAAUACAUUUAAGGAAAAAAUGGAUGAAGAACCUGAAAGAACUAAGCGAUGGGAAGGAGGCUAUGAAAGGACAUGGGAGAUUCUUAAAGAAGAUGAAUCAGGAUCACUUAAAGCUACGAUAGAAGACAUUCUCUUCAAAGCAAAGAGAAAAAGAGUAUUUGAGCACCAUGGACAAGUUCGACUUGGAAUGAUGCGUCAUCUUUAUGUGGUAGUAGAUGGAUCAAGAACAAUGGAAGACCAAGAUUUAAAGCCAAAUAGACUGACUUGUACUUUAAAGUUAUUGGAAUACUUCGUAGAAGAAUAUUUUGAUCAAAAUCCUAUUAGUCAGAUUGGAAUAAUUGUAACAAAGAGUAAAAGAGCUGAAAAACUGACCGAACUCUCAGGAAACCCAAGGAAACAUAUAACAUCUUUGAAGAAAGCUGUAGAUAUGACCUGUCAUGGAGAACCAUCCCUCUAUAACUCCUUAAGCAUGGCUAUGCAAACUCUAAAACACAUGCCUGGACAUACAAGUAGAGAAGUCCUAAUCAUCUUUAGCAGCCUCACAACUUGUGAUCCGUCUAAUAUCUAUGAUCUAAUCAAGACCCUAAAGGCAGCUAAAAUUAGAGUGUCUGUUAUCGGAUUAUCUGCAGAGGUUCGGGUUUGCACUGUACUUGCUCGUGAAACUGGUGGCACAUACCAUGUUAUUUUAGAUGAAAGCCAUUAUAAAGAAUUGCUGACACAUCAUGUCAGUCCUCCGCCUGCUAGCUCAAGUUCUGAAUGUUCACUUAUUCGCAUGGGAUUUCCCCAGCAUACCAUUGCUUCUCUGUCUGAUCAAGAUGCAAAACCCUCUUUCAGCAUGGCGCACUUGGAUAGCAACACUGAGCCAGGACUUACAUUAGGAGGGUAUUUCUGCCCACAGUGUCGGGCAAAGUACUGUGAGCUUCCAGUUGAAUGUAAAAUCUGUGGUCUUACUUUGGUGUCUGCUCCGCAUUUGGCACGGUCUUACCAUCAUUUAUUUCCUUUGGAUGCUUUUCGAGAACUUCCUCUAGAAGAAUAUAAUGGAGAAAAAUUUUGUUAUGGAUGUCAGGGGGAAUUGAAAGACCAACAUGUCUAUGUUUGUGCUGUGUGCCAAAAUGUUUUCUGUGUGGACUGUGAUGUUUUUGUUCACGACUCUCUUCACUGUUGUCCUGGGUGCAUUCAUAAGAUUCCAACUUCUUCGAGUAUUUGAUUCCAACAUAUAGUACACAUUGUAUGUGUUAAAAGGACAUUUGCAACUGUUAAUAACGUGAUUCUUCAGAAGAAGCUCCAAUUAAGAUAUGAAGACCAGUUUGAAAGGAAAAUCUGAUUGAAGAAACUUUUUGCUAAGAAAAUGUAGGAUUGGGGCACCUGGCUCAGUCAUUUGGAAGAGCAUGAGACUCUUGAUGUCAGGGUUAUGAGUUCGAGCCCCACGAUGGAUUGCUACAAGUUUCUCACAUCAUAACCACAGGAACUGGAUUUAGUAACCGUAGUUUAACAAAUAAACAACACAUCCAGCCUAUGUAUAUCGGUAAGUCAGAAUCUCUUUGAUUGUAUUCUAUAUUUGUUUCAAAGGAAAAGAUAAUCCGAAGAUUGAAUUUUUAAAUUAUUAUACAUGUUGUCACUAAUAGAAGUAAGGAAGAAUUCCCUCCCCCUCCCGCGUGUCUUCUUGGAGUAGCUUGGGGUUUUUAGGUUUCCUGUUUAUCUUGUGUGCGCCGUGCCCUAACUAUGAAGUUGUCUGUAACCUGAGCCACGGAAGGAGCUGUACGUACGGAGGAGCCACAGCUGCCCCUGCUGACUCAACACUGGAGUGUGCACAUCUUGAGAAAUAAACCAACAACUGAGUACACACUGGGGGAAGAAAAAGAAGGAAGAAUUAUAUGAAAAUAAUGAUGAGUCUCAUAAGUGCUGAGAGUGAAGAAAAUCACACUGUUGCAGGAUUGCAGGGUUCUUGUCUCACCGAGUCGAAGAAUCAAUCUCAAGGACAAUGAUAUAGGAAAGAACCUUAGGGUUCGAAGCCCACGGCCAGAAUUCUUGAGACGUCUUUGGUGUGAAAAGCUAAAAAGACUAGGGAGAAUCCCAGAUGCAUGGAUACCCAUCCUUAGACUCAGUUGAAGCAACAGGAUUCUCUACCUCUCCUGAGAAUUUGAACCGACAGAGAUACAGUCAAAUGGAUGGUAGACGGAACUGCAAGGCAGUGAUGAAAGCACUAAAGCAUGGGCAGCCAUGUUCAGCAGUGUGCACGAGGAAAAUCUGGAGGCCAGAAAAGAGAGAUAGGCGGCAGAUAAAGUGUGGAGAGAAUGACAAUAUGACUUCUAAGGAAUGGAACAGAGCCAUGGUUCCUGCCUGGGUCGGUCCAGUGCUGUGACACUCAGCUUCACAUAAGCCAGUGUUCACCUUUUAUGAGGCUUGUGCACCAAAAUUCACUUGAUAAAGCUGCGAGUGGACAAAUGUAGAAGAAAGAUGUGUAUACAGAAGUAAAUGGAAGCUAACAUAUGAUACAGAAAUGAAAAACAGUAACUGGACUGCUCAUUUCUACUGGUGCUAAUAAAUGUAAAAAUGAAAUAUUUUGCUGUUACACAACAAAGAAGGGACCUGUAAUCUGUCCAUUUAACAAAAUUAUGAGCCAUGAAAUCUCAAAAGUAUUGUUUUAAUGAAAUCCAGGAAGAAUCAUCAAAAUAAUAAGAAAGAGCACAGUAAAAAAUGUAUUUGAAAUCUAGAAUCAGUAUAAGAUAAAUACAGCCUCAUGCAUAACAACUAAUGAACAGUAAGUUGACUCCAAAGAAUGUUACCCACUUUAGAUACACACACACACACACACACACACACACACACACACAUUAAAUACUGGGAAAAUACGGAAUAAAAACUUGGGUUUGCUGUAUUUGAAUUCUCACUGAAGUUACUAACAAAGUUAUUUUCACUAUCUCUAUUCUUGUGUAAACUGCUUGUAGAAUGACUUCAAAAUAAAUACACUCAAUUCUCAUUA